AUAUUGUUGUCAAAUGGCGACUGUGGUCGCAGAUGUGUGCUUGCUAGUUGCCGGUUCCUUGUUUUAUCCGUCGUUAUACUACAUACUGAGGAAAAGUUUGCAACAUAUAUGGAAACAUAGAUUGUCUGUAUGUGACAUUUUCGAACUGAGCUUACGAUGUGUCUCAAGCAUCCAAGCAGUCAUAUCAUGUGUGGUUGGAGUGAUUAUCAUCAGAUCCUGCCCAGACAUCAUGUACGAUCAGAGCUGGCUCACCAACAGUUACGCCAAGUUUGUGGUGCCGUACUUCUACUACGACACCUGGGCCAUGUACAGGACACACUGGUACCUCUACCCUGACGUGCAGACCAUGCCCCGGGGUCGGCGGGUGCAACACUUCCUCCGCUCCAACGCCAUGAUGAUGGUCCAUCAUGUGGUGCUGCCUCUUGUGUUCUUCCCCUUAGUGCUGUUUUUACGAGAUGGAAAGGGUGAUUUCUUUGUUGGAGUUUUCUACCUCUUUGAAAUGGCGGUACCAUUUAUUGCUGCCAGAUUUGCCUUAUUGCAGCUGAAGCUGAAACACACCGUCCUGUACGCCGUGGUGGGACUGCUGAUGAUUGCAGUGUUUUUCAUCAGCCGUGUGCUGAUAUUCCCGUAUCUGUUCUGGUCGUACGCUCGCUAUGAGGGCAUCCCCAUCACCCACGUCCCCUCCACCAUCCCCAUCAAGUGCAGCGUCAGCUGCCUCGGACUCCUGUUUCUGCAGUUCUACUGGCUGUACUUGAUGGUCAGGGGUGCAUUUAAAUUCUUUUAUAAGAUCUUCCAACACAGAAAGAGCAGCUGAUAUCUAUCCAGGGUGCAAUUGAACACAGCAACGAGGCCUGUCUGAAGAUAUCCACCCCCUUGGGACUUGUUAUGUCAUGUGUUCAUUCCCAAAUUGAAACAAUAUGUUAAACCCAGAAAUCUGUACGUACAAGAACCUAGUGUGAAACCAACAAACAACCAACAAGUGGUACACAAUCAACAAAUGUU